AUGACGGAUCAGAAGAUGAAGGCUCUGUACACACAAAUCCCUUUGCACGACGCAGUCGUCAUGGUGUGGAACGCCGUCAUGAUCGUCACCAUCAUGAAGAUGUGGAACGAGCGCAUCCACCCGAUCAACGGUUCACGCACAGUAGACGACUACGUGGAGGAGUUCUCUCUUCUUCUCACAGGGACCGACAUCUACGACAGCGCAGAACAACUUGGUUCACGAUUCAUAGGUGGUCUUCGUCCUCAACUACAAAACGCGAUGGCUCAGUUCGACCCAACAACACUCGCCGAGGCACAUCGACGAGCUGCUACGUUCGAACAACUACAGAAAACUUCGACGUGGGGGAAUCAAUCAUCUCGCUCACGACUAACAGAGCAAAAUAAUUCGCAACCUGCACCAAAAGAAGCCGAGACAACAGCUCAACCAGGUCGUACGACCACUCAACCUGAGGAAAAUUUGCGACGCUCAACUCGCAUUCCCUCGCUAAAGUGCUACACUUGCGGUGAACCGGGACACAGCAAAUCGGCAUGCCCUAAUCAAAGUCGUCGGGGACUAGUUAUCGAAGAAGCAAACGACGAGGAUCCAGUCAAUGAUUCUUACGGAUAG